GUAUGAUAAGAGUUUUCGGGCCAAAGGUUCACUGUGAAUUUGUACACCAGUGGUGACUUUUUGAUUCCUGAGGCUGGAGUUUUAGACAUUUUCAAUGUUUGUUUGACCUACCCCUGUCAAAGAUAAAUUCAUUUAUGCAACGUGCACAUUAGUCUAAUUUCAUUACUUUUGGGUGCUUAUAUUACAGAUCAUCAAAGAACACCUUGUGAAUUAGUUUUGCUGAGGUCGUGUUAAAUGAUGCUUUUGGCCUGACAUCGCCGACUGCACCUGCGGAGAAGAGGCCCUGCUGAACGUGCUCUGACAGUGUCUGAGGUUCGACGGUACAGCCGGUUUCCAGCACUGACCUCCAGGGAUCGACGGAGGGAUCUCUAUUCUGGAGCAAAGUGUUUGCUGGCUGCUUUUUCUCUUGCGGACGGCACACGGAGAAUGGAGAAGUCCUGGGCUCCCGAUGUCCUGGGACCCGUGGGGGACGGCAGGCGGGUGUCCGGCGAGAUGGGACCCGGUGGCGGCGGCGGCGGGCUGCUCCAGUGGCGCUCUGUCUGCCGCUGGAUCCCUCCGCCUUACAGGGAGGAGCUGGUUCAGCUGCUUCGCCUGACUGGACCCCUGCUGGCUUCUCGGAUCCUGUACUUCCUCCUUCCGUUUGUUAACGCCAUAUUCUGCGGUCACCUAGGAAACGCAGAGCUCGCUGGCUUUGCCCUGGCCUCUGCGACAAUAAAUGUCACCACGACCGCCACCGGCUAUGGACUAGCCCUGGCGUGUGACACAUUGGUAUCACAGACCUUUGGGGGUAAGAAUCUGAAGCGUGUGGGUGAGAUCCUGCAGCGCAGUGUCCUAAUCCUGCUGCUCUUCUGCCUGCCAUGCUGGGCUCUGCUCAUCAACGCCCAGUCCAUCCUGAUCGCCCUCAAGCAGGAGACUCAGGUGGCCAGGAUUGCCCAGCUUUACGUGACCGCCUUCCUGCCCGCCGUGCCGGCUAUGUUUCUUCACCAGCUGCAGGUGGCCUACCUCCAGAACCAGGGAAUUAUUCUGCCCCAGCUGUAUGUGGCAGUACUGACCAACAUCAUCAAUGUGGUUACUAACUACGUCCUGCUGUUCUGGAUGGAGCUGGGAGUGAAGGGGUCAGCAGUGGCCAGUAGCCUGUGUCAGAUCUUCAUCUGCCUCUUGCUGUUUGCCUACAUUCGCUGGAAGAAGCUUUACGUGAAAACGUGGGGAGGCUGGUCUACUGCAUCACUCCAGAACUGGGGCUCCUUCAUGCAGCUGGCCAUCCCCAGCACACUCAUGCUGUGUUUCGAGUGGUGGAUCUAUGAGAUUGGUGGCUUCCUGGCAGGGAUGUUGGGCAAGGUUGACCUGGCCGCCCAGCAUGUGCUUCUUGAGCUGGGAGCCAUAACCUACAUGUUCCCUCUGGGUGUGCAUGCGGCGGCUUGUGUGCGUGUGGGCAAUGCACUGGGCGCGGGGGACACUGCCAGUGCCCUCAUCACCAGCAAGGUGUCCCUGGUCUUCUCCGGUGUCAUGGCUGUGAUCCAGGGCGUGGUCCUCGCCUCCACCAAGAACAUCAUUGGCUUCAUCUUCACCAGUGAUGUGAACAUCGUGGAGUUGGUGUCCCACACGUUAUACCUCUACAUCUUCCUGCAGUUCUUUGAUGCUCUUGUGUGUGUGAGCUCUGGAAUUCUCUUGGGUGCCGGAAAGCAGAAGAUCGCUGCUGUCGCAAACCUCAUCUGCUACUACAGCGUUGGUCUCCCCAUAGGCAUUGCACUCAUGUUCGCUGCAGACAUGAGGGUAUUUGGGUUGUGGCUGGGCCUUCUCAUCUGCGUCAUCUUACAGGCCAUCUUCUUCAUCGCUCUCAUCUUCAAGCUGGACUGGCCUCGUGUCACAGAGGAGGCCCAGAAGCGCGCUGGGAAGGGUGGCCGGGUGACCUGUGUUGGGCCCAGGCCACCCAUUGGAGGAGAGCCUGUGAUUGACACCCUGGUCCCGGAGAACUCACCAAUGGUGAGCCAGAUGACAGAAGGCAUGCUUCUGCCAACUGUGAGCGAUAGGGUCGAAGACAGCGGGCACAGCCAGGAGGGCACAGAGGAGCAGGCGGGCGAGAUUCGGGGAGACACGGGUGCCCCAGGCAGCCAGGAACCCCCCCUUCCGCUGGUCCAGCUGGCGUUGCGGCGGGGCCUGACUUUGGUGGUGGCCAUACUGGCCCUGGUUUCUGGUAUCGUGGCCCAUCUUACCUUUCCUCCCCCAGAAGUAGAACUUCUUGGGGACAACUCCACCCUCGGCUGGAGUGAAUCCCCGGUGUCAAAUCCUACACCUCUUCCCAACACCACCCUGCAGGAGUGAGAGAGCUACCAGCGCAAACACGAACUUCUCCCUGCUCCUUGUGUCAGUUCUGCAAACCCACAUCCUCUGGGGGGGGCUGGCAUGGUGAAACAUCCCUGAUCGCAGCUGACAAGUCUCUCUCUCUGUCUCUCUCUCUGUCUCUCUCUCACUUUAUCUAUCUGUCUGUCUCUCUUUGUUCCUGUCUGUCUCUCUCUCUGUCUCUCUCUCACUUUAUCUGUCUGUCUGUCUCUCUUUGUUCCUGUCUGUCUCUCUCUCUGUCUGUCUCUCUCUCACUUUAUCUGUCUGUCUGUCUCUCUUUGUUCCUGUCUGUCUCUCUCUCUGUCUGUCUCUCUCUCACUUUAUCUGUCUGUCUGUCUCUCUUUGUUCCUGUCUGUCUCUCUCUCUGUCUCUCUCUGUCUGUCUCUCUCUCACUUUAUCUGUCUGUCUGUCUCUCUUUGUUCCUGUCUGUCUCUCUCUCUGUCUGUCUCUCUCUCACUUUAUCUGUCUGUCUCUCUCUGUCUCUCUCUCUGUCUUUCUGUCUCUCUCUCACUUUAUCUGUCUGUCUGUCUCUGUUCCUGUCUGUCUCUCUCUGUCUGUCUGUCUGUCUCUCACUUUAUCUGUCUGUCUGUCUCUCUUUGUCUCUGUCUGUCUCUCUCUUUUUCUCCAUUUCUCUGUUUCCAUCUUUCUCUCCUUGCAUUUAGUACCUAAGUCACAUAUAGGCACAUAGAGUACUAAUACCCCAAUGAAACCUGCCUCUUCAGUGCUCAGUGUAGCCGGAUUUCUCUACAGUACUGGACUUGUGGCUGACUGGUGCGUUUUAACGGCUGUGGAAACUGCAGAAAGCUUCUUUGUCAAUGUCAAAUCUCUUUCAGGGUAUUUGCACGUCUUACAUUUUAUUAAUAGAAUUAGGUUUUCAUGCUCAUUAACUGUGUACAGUUCAUGUCCUAGUAUUGUGUGAAUUAAAAAAAAUAUGUUUUUGGUUUAUUUUUAACACAUGCAAUCUGACUCCUCAUGGCCCUUGCCUGGGCACUAAGGAGGUCUUUGGCCACUGAGUAAACAAGGAGAUUAAGACAA